ACUGCGGUGACGCAGGAGCGAUUCGUGAACCGGAUCCGACAGACUCUGGCGUGUCCUAUCACUGUUAGCUGUGUUCAUCACCUUUAGUGGAGCCUGACCUCCUCAAGUCUUGAAAGUUACUAAAAAGCAUUCACUUUUUAAGUAGCCUAUACGCAGGGCGAUAAAGAGCAGGAAAAGAAAACGGAAGGCAUGUGAAGUUGCUGUCACUUUCACCAGAGAUGGAGAAUUCAGCGGAAGAUGAGUGCGCCGAUUCGGGAGCGGAGACCGGAGGCUGUGGAAAAUAAGAAAAGAUGCAUCCCGGGUUGUUUUUAGGUCUGACUUCAGUCUUACGUCAUCAGCAAGUAGUGAUUUGUCCAUGGGGGACCUACAAGACCCAUUUCUAGUUUCUAUCCACAUCAUCACUGACCCAGGUCAGGCCAGAACCCUCCAGCAAGCUGCUGAUCAGGUGCUCUCUUGGCUUCACCCUGAUCUCACCCUCUUCAGGGUGUCAGAACGUGCAUCUGGCCUAUCCCGCAAGCCUAAAAUCCGCCUGCAGCGCUCCACCGAAACACUACGACAGCCAGCCCUGGCAGUCAUCCUCUUUCUGCAAGAUGAGUAUGGAGGCGAGGAGAGUCUCAAAUGUCUCCACAGUUUGCUGAGAUGCCCCCCAUGGCGAUACCACCACACAGAGCGGGUGAAUGGACGAGGCCUGUUACCCCUUUCCCCUGCCAGCCAGGACUUUGUUACACUGGCACCAGGCACGCCACUCUGGGCGCUUCGCCAGGUGCACUAUGGCAAAGAAAUUGUGCGUUUUACUGUCUACUGUUGCUACGAGAGCUAUACCGAACAGGUGCGUCUGUACAGACUGCUCCUGCGCCGAAGGUUGGCCCAGAAGAAAGACGAUUUCUGCUUCUGUGUGGUCUACUCCAACCCUGACACAGAAAUCCAGCUGUCAUUCAAGAGAAUGCCCCGUGGACAGAGCUCAACCCCCACUGAAAAUGCUGUGAUGGAGAUUCGAGUUAGGGACAUCGGUGAACUUGUGCCACUGCUGCCACGCCCCUGCACACCCAUCAGUGAUGUCCGCUGGCAAACAAGCGAUUACGAUGGGAAUAAAAUAUUGCUACAGGUUCAAGGUUCACGGUAUUACCGCAAACACACCAUUGCAAAGUUCUCCCAUCUUCCACCUGAUGAUACUCUGAUCACCUCCCCUCCUCCACCUGAGGCUCCUCCUCCUCCUCCACCCUACGGCCGUGGCCCCGCCUCUUACCGGAACCGACGUUUCCACCGCAACUCAUUGCGCUCACGAACCCAAACCCUCCCUGCUCUGGUCACACAUGGCUCCAAGACGUCUCUGCCUCUGCUGUGUGAUCAGGACAGCCACAUGGAGAGAACCCAAAGGGAUGUGGAACUCUUUCGGGCCAAAUGGACAGGCCACCGUACACAGUCCCUCUAUUCUUUGCCUACAGACAACCUCUCCUCAACAUGUGCCUCCCCUUCAAGCUCCCGUCCUCGAUGCUUUUCCUCCAUGGCUGCCCCAAUCUUCCGUGUCAAUGUUGAUGCGCUGGUGGGUGCUGAAGAAACAGAUGUGGACACGGGACAGACCAUCAGCGGCAGCACAGUGGACCUGUCAGUGGUUUCGGGUUACUCUUGUCCACAGAUGAGGCCUCAUCAAAAGGCCCCGCCUCCACGGCCCAAGUCUGCUCCUCCAUCAGAUGGAGGCUCUGACUUUGCUAAACUGACCAAUAAUAAUGCCUCCUUCUCCAUGAGACAGACUGCUUUAACACCUAGAACACAGAGUGUCUCUGAAAAGUCCAAACCUUGCAUUGUAUACAAGCCCCAGCCAAAGAAUAUGUAUGUGUCACAGCCAGAUGCGUUGCAGGACAAGGGACAACAGAAUGACAAUGGCAUUGCAGCAAUAAAUGACUUUAGCAAACAGGGCCCAGAGGAAGACGAACAGGAGUUUUAUAUUUGACACAUAGUCUAGCGAUUGCAGGACAAUCAUCUCAUAAAUAUGUACACACAGUUAGCAGAUCUACAUUUCAGCAGGUGUUGCAAGAAGAGGAACAUUUUGAUAUCUUCUUGUCUACAAUUGUCAGCAGCUAAAUAUUCAGUUGUGAGAAACUCUGAAGCUUUGUUGUUCUAUAUCAAAUUUGUUUUAUUAGCAACAUGUCAUGCAUGAAAAAUAACAUUCAUAAUGAAAGAUUUUAAGAUAAAUUAAAUUUACUUUGUCAUGCUUGUGUUUUGUUAUGGUGUGGUAUUCUGUAGUUUUAGCAUUAUUGCUUUUAUGUAGCAGGAAAUCGGUUUAACUGGCCACAAAGAAGGAAUAUAACUCUGCCACCCAAUGGCUGAACUUGGCAUGUCCUAAACACCAUAUACAGUAUAGGGAAAUUAAUGUCACAAGAGAAAUUAUUUACUUCUCUAUAAUGUCUUCAUUAUUGUUUCAACAGCUCUGUAUUGUUUAAGAAAAUUGCUUUUGUUCUGAAUGUAGUGUUUAUAUUAUAAAACAUUUUAAAUUGUAGAAUAAAAUCAUGUUUGUUUUUCUGUCA